AUGGUAUUAUUGAAUUCAAUUCCUACUCUAUUGCUGUUUCAUCACAAGAAUGUUACUCCUUCUCCAACUUGCACUCGUUGUGGCGUCUCUGAUGAAACCGUGUUCCGCUGCUUACGCGACUACAACUACUCCACUAUUAUUUGGCAUCAACUUGGAUUCAUAGAGCCAUCUUUCUUCUUGGCUGCAUGUAUCAGAGAUUGGUUAAGGGACUGUCUGAACAGCUCGCGCACCAUCCUGUUCGUAGUUGGUUUGUGGUGGGUCUGGAGACAACGCAACGCCAUUUGUUUGAAUGACGAGGCCAUUCCUCUCCAUAGGUUGACAUUGCACAUUUAUAAUGCUAUAAAAGAUAUCAAAAUCUGCUUCUGUAAGCCUGCUCCAACUGCUCCUUCUGUCAGACAUAUAAAAUGGAAUAACGGUAACUUUGCUUGUACUAUCCUCAACGUCGAUGGCAGUUGUAUUGGUACCCCAGCAAGGACAGGGUUCGAUGGGUUAAUCCACAAUAGUGCAGGAUUUUAUCUGAUUGGAUUCUCGGGAUUCCUUCCUCCUACUGCUGACAUCUUAGAAGCAGAACUGACUGCCAUCCUUCACGGCAUCACUGUGGCUCAAGAUAUGGGAUUUCAAGAGUUGGUUUGUUAUUUCGAUUCACUGAUUUCUCUCAACCUCAUUGCCGGUAACUCUUCGAAGUAUCACGUCCACGCUGUUCUCAUACAAGACAUUAAAGACAAGCUUUCUCAAAUGAAUUGUUCGCUCCAUCACACUAUCCGCGAAGGGAAUUAUUGUGCAUAUUUUCUGGCAAAGCUAGGUGCUAGCACAGAUGACAUCCUUUUGCUCCAUUCGACUCCUCCUGAUGAUCUUCGCCCCUUGUUGAGGAAUGACGCUCUCGGAACUUUGUUCUUGAGACCUUAG